CACUGCGCCAUCCUGACCUCUCUCCAGGCAUCUUCCCCGGGACGCCCCUCACUUUUAUCCGCGCCAUUUCUUGCAGACAAGGAAGCUGGGAUCCGGGCGAAGAGGUUACAUUGCGCAGCAUGCAUAAAAGAAACUACAAAACUGUUGUUCUAGGGAGCAUUUGAGAUCUCGCUCCCCAGUACAUGUUCUUGAAACAUCCUCAGGAGAGGGGAACAAAGCGAGCAGAAUAACAAAAAAGAAAGAUAUAUGGCGGUAGAUAUAUAGAAGGAGAAGGAAAUACAUAGUGAAUAAGGAGUGGGGGUCCACUUCAGGAUAUAUAUCCAAUGGAAAUCAUAUUUUGAAGAAAUAUCUGUGAAUUAUUCACAAGAGCAGGUAUGCAGUCAACCUGAAAGUGUUGACAGAUGAAUGGAGAACACUAGUGUGAUCCAUAUACUUACACAUGCAAUGAAAUAUUACUCAGCCGUAAAAAUGAAGAAAGGAAUGAACAACACGGAUGAAUAGAGACAGAGAAAGACAGAUUGACUUGUAAAGACUUGUUUGUUGCCUGAGGAAGAAGCCCAGCGGUGGAGGAGGAGGAAAGACAAGGGGGUCAGCGAUGGCUCUUUCUCAGGGACGGUUGACACUCAGCGAUGUGUUCAUAGAAUUCUCUCUGGAGGAGUGGAAAUGCCUGUCCCCAGCUCAGCGGGCCUUGUACAGAGAAGUUAUGUUGGAGAGCUACCGGAACCUGCUGUUCCUGGGAAUUUCUGUGUCUGAUCUGUAUAUCGUCUCCAUUUUGGAGCAAGGGAAGGCACCCUGGACUCUGGAGAGUGAGUGGAAUAUACCACAAAAGCCAAAUCGGCGGGAACGUAUCGAAGGUGUGAACACAGAUCUCUGUCCUUCAUAUGUGAUCAAGAAAUUGAAACCAACAAAACCCAGUAGUACAGGAGGAGAAGACCAAACAGUGAUAUUUGGAAGAUGUGAAAGCCAUGUAAUCAAAGAUUUUUACUUCAGGAAAAUCCAGGAAGAGAUGUAUGGUUUUGUUUGUCAGCAGAGAGAUGAUGAAAGGAAUCACAAAGGAAUGCCUAUAAGUCCUAGGAAACAUCUCACUGAUAGAAAAGGUGAACUUGAUAGCGAGCAUGCCGGAAAGGAGCCUAUUAAAAACAGGCUUGGACUGAGGUUUCAGUCACAUCGGGCUGAUAUGACGACAUUUCAAACUGAAGGGAACAUUGAUGAAUGUAAUCCAGCUAAGAAGUCUAUCCGCAAUACUUCCUUUGUUUCUCCACUUGAGAGAGUUUUUCCUAGUGUCCAAUCCACCAUUCGUCCUGUAUAUAGGAAUGAUUCUAUGCAUCCUUCACUACUGACAGACCUGAAAGCAUGCAGGAAAAAUUCUUACAAAUGUACUGAGUGUGGCAAAACCUUUAGGGUACGUGCAAGUCUGAUUAGUCAUCAGAGAAUUCAUAGUGGAGAGAAACCUUACAAAUGUACCGAGUGUGGCAAAUUAUAUAGUGCGCUUUCAACCCUAACUAUACAUCAGAGAAUCCAUACUGGAGAGAAACCUUACAAAUGUAAUGAGUGUGGCAAAGCCUUUAGGGUACUUUCAAGCCUCAGUUAUCAUCAGUCGGUCCAUACUGGGAAUACCCCUUACAAAUGUAGUAACUGUGGCAAAGCCUUUAUUUUGCGUGCAAGCCUUAAUAAUCAUCAGAUAAUUCAUAGUGGAGAGAAACCUUACAAAUGUAAUGAGUGUGGCAAAGACUUUAAUACACAUUCCAGCCUAACUAAACAUCAGAGGUUGCAUACUGGAGAGAAACCUUACAAAUGUAAUGAGUGUGGCAAAGCCUUUAGGUUGCAUUCAAGCCUCAGUUACCAUCAGUCAGUCCAUAGGAGAAAUACUCCUUACAAAUGUGGUGAGUGUGAUAAAGCCUUUGAUUUGCGUGCAAGCCUUAAUAGUCAUCAGAUAAUUCAUCGUGGAGAGAAACCUUACAAAUGUAAUGAGUGUGGCAAAUGCUAUGGUACACAUUCAAACCUAAGUAUACAUGAAAGAAUCCAUACUGGAGAGAAACCUUACAAAUGUAAUGAGUGUGGAAAAGCCUUUAGGAUGCCUUCAAGCCUCAGUUACCAUCAGUUGGUACAUACUGGAAAGAAACCUUACAAAUGUAAUGAGUGUGGGAAAGCCUUUAGACUGCACUCAAACCUAAGAGUACAUCAGAGAUUGCAUACUGGAGAGAAACCUUACAAGUGUAAUGAGUGUGGAAAAGCUUAUAGUGUCCGUGGAAGCCUGACUGUUCAUCAGAUAAUUCAUACAGGAAAGAAACCUUACAAAUGUAAUGAGUGUGGCAAAGACUUUGCUGUCCACUCAAGCCUAACUGCACAUCAAAGGAUCCAUACUGGAGAGAAACCAUACAAAUGUAAUCACUGUGGCAAAGAGUUUAAUUCAUGUUCAAACCUAACUAUACAUCAGAGAAUCCAUACUGGAGAGAAACCUUACAAAUGUAAUGACUGUGGAAAAGACUUUACUGUUCAAUCAAGCCUAACUGGACAUCAGAGAAUCCAUACUGGAGAGAAACCUUACAAAUGUAAUGAGUGUGGCAAAGACUUUAAUGCACAUUCCAGCCUAACUAAACAUCAGAGAUUGCAUACUGGAGAGAAACCUUACAAAUGUAAUGAAUGUGGUAAAGCCUUUAGGUUGCAUUCAAACCUCCGUUACCAUCAGUCGGUCCAUACUGGAAAGAACCGUUACAGAUGUAGUGAGUGUGGUAAAGCCUUUAUUUUGCGUGCAAGCCUUAAUAGUCAUCAGAGAAUCCAUACUGGAGAGAAACCUUACAAAUGUAAUGAGUGUGGCAAAGCCUUUAUGGUGCUUUCAAGUCUCCGUUACCAUCAGUCGGUCCAUACUGGAAAUACCCCCUACAAAUGUAGUGAUUGUGGCAAAGCCUUUAUUUUGCGUGCAAGCC